AUGAGCAUUGACCUAAAUAUAGAUGAGCCUAAGCCUCAAGUGGUUUUCGUUUCUGCAGAAUCAUUAGACGUCCCCAUUCCACCAAUUCUUCAGACGCCUUUUUUUGGUGGGAAGCCAAAUGGAUUCGUUUUUCAUUCCCCAAAAAGUGAAAAUGCUUCAGCAAUUCAAGAACCAGAAGAAACAAACCAAACGAAUAUCCCUCAUCCAGUAGUCAAGAGCCCAAAAAAGUGAAAUUUGAUAAGGACUGAGAUCUGUGGAGUUGGAAUCAUAAUUAAAGGAUAUGGAAUCCCUGAAAAAAAUACUAAAUCUAUUAUUGCUGAAACUGAGUAUACUUAUGAUUUGCUUGUGAAUAGAAAAUGUUUUUCAUGUAUUAAGUACCCUAUACCCACUAAUUUGGACUAUAAAAUAGAUUAUGAUAGCAACUCUGAAAUUGCAUUUAAAGUAAAAGAAGAAACAAUAUACACAUUUUGUAAAAAUUUGUCUAAUUCUGUGGAGUGAUAUAUGAGCAAGGUCAAUUUUAUGCGAAUGCUAAUGACUAUAAUUAUGAUUUCAGCAUUUAUUUUGUCGAUUUUUGGAAUUAUUUUAAUUGCUGCACUGCUGGAAGAUUAUAGACAAAUUUGUGUGGUUUUGUUAAUUUUACCCCCGAUUGCAAUUGUUUUCUAUGCAUAUGUUGUACGAUCAUAUGUAAGAAAACUUCGGAAACUUAUGGAACAUAACAUUAUUAUUAAUUCUCAAGAAUUGAAUCGACAGGGAAUUAAUGUAGAGUUAGGGAAAAAUUGUAUAUUUAUCAAAUUUUCAUUAGAACUUCCUAUGGCACUGUAA